UCCUGGUUGCCGAGUCAAAUCCCCACCCCACCCCGGCCAAGUCUUCGCCUUCCAUCUCCCUCCCUCGACAAUAACAUGCUCGCCUCUCCUCCUUUCCUCUCCCUUCCACGCUCUCCCUCCACCUCCCUUUCCAAAUCCCCGCUCUCCUUCUGAUCCGCCCUCCUCCCCCCUCGCGCGGCGGCAGCGCCAUUUUCGUCCAGUUCUUGAUCCGUGAUCCUCCGCGCCGUCGCCUGCCAAGAACCCACCGCGAGGUCGCCGGAGAGCGUGGAUUGCUGCCCGAUUCCGUUCCCGUGGAUUGGAUUCUUUCAAAGACGACCCUGAUUCUCGCGGCGCUGAAUUUGGGGGCAGGUUGUCGCUUGCCCGUACGAAGGGGUGGAGCUGUCGCUUCGUCCUGCAUCGUGGACUUUUCAUGAAUUCUCGCCGAUCCAGGUCCGUGAAGCUGCUGUCGGCGCGCGCCAAGCCCCUCGAGGUCGACGUCGCUGAGGAGGACCCGCGGAUGAGCUCGUCGGCCGACAACACGGUCUACUGCUGCAUUGCCAAGGGGAGCAAGGUCGUAUACAGCUACAGCAGCAAGGAUGGCGACUCGCAGAUGGAGGCCACGGCGGCGCUCUGCCUGGAGAACGUGCCCGCCUACCACCGGCAUUACAUCCACACCAUGGGGUCGAGGAGCUACGGGUUUCUGAUGGCGGAUGGCCACACCUUCUUCGCCAUCAUCGACCCGACCGUCGGGAAUGUGGGCGCCUUCCAGUUCCUGGAGCGCGUGCGGGAUGAGUUCAGGAACACGAACAGGAACAGCCUCCACGACUCGCUGUUGCCGGCUGUCCAGAGGCUGGUGGCUUCGCUGGAGAAGAUGCCCCGCGCGACGCUCGUUCUCGAGUACGGUGCGCAGAGGGGAGCGUCGAAUGAUGGCUCGGGCUGCACUUCGUCGAAGGUGCCUCUUCUCGGGAAAGGUGGCGGCAGGAAGGAUAAGAAGAAGGCGAAAGAUAAAGGGAUGUCGACGGCGGAUGGCGAUGACGAGCACCAUGGCACUAGAGCUUUGAGAAUCGAUGUGCAGCCAGAGGAUGUAGGUGGCAUGUCGUUGGAGCGCAGCGCGAGCCAGUCAAGGCUACGGAGGCGGUCGCUGUGGAUGCGCCAUGUGAAGAUCAUCAUCAUUGUCGAUGCUGUCAUUUGUGUGGUAUUGUUCGCUGCCUGGCUUGCCGUCUGCAAAGGUUUCCAGUGUGUGUCCGGGUGAUUAAACAGUGUAGCUGCUAAGGGACCGACAAGUUUCAGAAUGCAACGACUCUUGGGUAUGUUCCUCUCCAGAAAGGUAAUUAUAAGCCAAGAAAACGCUAAUGGAGAGGAUGUAGGCUACGGUUAGCACUAUGUUCAGGAUCAGAUGAUGAAAAAUUUGAGGUUUGAUGUGGUGAAGAUGUACAUAUGCUUCAUCUCUUGUACAUGAGAUUUCGAUAUAAUUUUUUUCCACAGAUCUGGCAUGUCUGUGGCCUUCCUUACUA